UUUUAAAUCCCCACUCUCAUAUAUGAGUGGUAACUAUAAAAGCAGAGAAAGGCCAUCACAUAUGAUGGCAGUGGUAUUGGGAGCAAAGGAAGCAAUGGGGUGUGGCAGAAUCCAGAUAAUUACUUUGUGUUCACUGCUGCUUCUUUUUCCUGUCAUUCAUGGUUGGGGAACUGUUGGCCAUCUCACAGUUUGCAGAAUUGCUCAGUCUAGGUUGAGCAAAGCAGCAGCAGAUGCAGUGAAGCAGCUGCUUCCUGCCUAUGCAGAAAAUGACUUGGGCAGUCUGUGCAUAUGGCCAGAUCAUGUCAAGUUUAUUUAUCACUGGUCCUCUGCCCUUCACUACAUUAAUACUCCUGACAACCUUUGUAAUUACCAGUACAAUAGGGACUGCAAAGAUGAAAAUGGAGAGAAGGGGCGCUGUGUUGCAGGGGCUAUUAACAAUUAUACCUCACAGCUUCUCAGUUACACUACCCAUUCUUCUCAGCCUAAAUAUAAUCUCACGCAAGCGCUUCUGUUUCUUUCCCAUUUCAUUGGAGACAUCCAUCAGCCUCUGCAUGUAGGUUUUACUUCAGACAAGGGAGGCAAUACAAUUGAUGUUCACUGGUACACCAGGAAGCAAAAUCUUCACCAUAUUUGGGAUGACAACAUAGUCGAGACAGCAGAAGAGAGAUUCUAUGACUCCAAUGUGGAAGAACUGGUUGAUGCAAUUAAACAAAAUAUUACGACUGAAUGGGCAGAUGAAGUUAAGGGUUGGGAGACCUGCAGCUUGAAUAAGACAGCAUGCCCAGACGUAUAUGCAUCUGAAGGCAUCAAAGCGGCCUGUGAUUGGGCAUACAAGGGUGCAGAAGAAGGUUCAGUGCUACAAGAUGAAUAUUUCCUCUCCCGGCUACCAAUAGUCAAUUGGCGGUUGGCUCAAGGUGGAGUUCGACUAGCAGCCACCCUCAACCGUAUCUUCGGGUGACAGAACAGUUCUGCUUCAAGUUGAUUAGAUUUCAAGAAGCAUGCCUCCAAAUUUAAAACCAGUGUAGUAAAUUAUGUAUUGUCCAUAAAACUUUGGAACAACUUAUGAAAAUACAUCACUCUUUUCAAAGUCUAGUAAUCUCUUUGUUUCUAAAAGUUUCAAGCAUGUGAACACACACGGUAAAUCUAAUAGAAAAUGGCUUGCUGCUUAUAAGUCCAGCAAGUUUUGGUAACACAUGAUACAUAAGAAGACUAACAUAUGUCACCCAGAUUCUGUCAACAGUUUAAGUUGCCAUCGUUCUCCGGAUACCAGAAUCAUCCAAAUCUAAACACAAUUAAUAUGCCACACUACAUGCUUCUUAAUUAUGCAUAUUAUUUACAUCCUGAAAUCUGGAUCAUGUCAAGCAACUUGAACUUGUGCUUUCUU